AUUCCUUGAAAAGCCAAUCAUACAUCAGUCCUUUUAUGGAUGAGCUGUUUGCGAACGUAGAUAACAGUCCAACAGUAAAGGCAUUUAACCGUAGGUACAUUUUACAUUAAAAUGCAGUUGAGUUGUAUGAACAUUAUGUUAAAUAGGAAAAUAAGAGUGUGGGUCCCUCUGUGUCACGUGUACUCUCGGUCUGGUAAUCAAGGAUCAACGCGUUAUUGUAGUGUAUUCGUGUCAGAACAAACUUACACUCGGGAUCAAACAGAGACUUAAAGAGAUUUAUAUUUAGAGCAUUACACUGCUUUAAUUAAGGUGAGCGGCGCCUUCCUGUCCCCGGUUAUGGGAUUUUUUCCGCUGUUUACACAGUUGCUGCCGUCCGUCUGAAGCUCUGACUAGCGAGAUGGAUGCUGCGCUGAAAGUGAAAGUAUUACAGCAGAGUAUUAAAGCUUUAGAGUAAUUUUUUACCGUUUAGUUCUAGUAAACGUUUAGCUGGACCGGUCAACAUUGGCAGUGUGUUAGAGAUUUAAGGAAACGAGAAAUCAGUACGGCAAUAGUGUUACAGCUACAGAUCAGAGACCAUCUUCAAGUCUUAAAUAACCCGGCAUGAAUUUGACAGGAAUGAAUUUGAGCGAUAUCUUCUAUCCUGGAAAUCCAGAUAGAAGGGAGAGGCUUGUCCGCAAAAGUCAAGAGGUUCUGGAACUGAUGAAACACAACUUCCGAGCCACCAACCAACUCAUUGAGGUUCUCCAGGAGCACUUAGGAUUGCACUUCAGUCCAGUCAAAGUGAACGAGAAAGCGACUGUUAAGGAGAACUGUGAUGUAUUAAUUGAACGCAUACGUGAGAUCCAGGUUGAGGUAGGGAAGAUCGACAUGGAGCUGAAGGAGAUGCUGGAACCGACCCUGUAUGAGAAACUGAGGAGAAAGGAUCUGUCUAUUCCUGAACGUAGUAAAAUUUCAACAGUUCUGCGUGGAAUUCACUGUUGUGUAGCAACCAUUGCAUCUGCAUAUAUAGUCGGUUGGCUGUUUCAGAAUGUCGCGAUGCUUGCAAGUAUAACAGGAGUAUGUGGAGUAAUUGCAAUGGGGUUUUUAGGCUGUGUUGUUUUUGGGGUGCUAUUCAUGGGGGUUGAUAUGAUUAUUCAGGCCAUUCUAGGAAGUACUGAGCGUGAUCGGCUUGAGAGAGCUCUGAAAGAGUAUGAUGACGUUUUAAAAGAUUUCAGGCCAGCGUCUGAAAAAUACCAGGAAAGCAUAACUGAAGUCAAGUUGACAAUUCAGCUUAUGCAGAAAUAAAAUAUGUUUUCUUAAACUUUAACAAGUGAUUGUUGGCUUGUCUUGUUCUAUGACAGUGGUUGUAUUUCUGUUUUACAAUUAUUUGUACUACUCUCUAUUCUGUCAGAAAUGUUUGCUUAAAUAUUUUAAAGAGGUCUUGGUUGCAUUGUUUUGAGUUCAAAUUAAGAUGUAAGAUGUAGAAAAUGCUUGUAGUGCAAUUAAAUGCCUAAUAAACGACAUUAAAAUAAUUGUAACUCACCAUCUGUUUGCCUUUUUCAAUUCACAGAAAUAAACUGCUUGG